AAAAGCGGUUGAGAUUUCAGAUUUCAUUAACAUUAUUUUCUUCUUCUUUCCUACAGGUGAUUCCCAUGCCUAAUUCUGAAGCAGUGCUGCUGCAGCAGCUAUUCAAUUAUGCAAAUCAGACUUCAAAAUCAAUGAACUAUGGUGUUACCGACGAUACAUUAGGGUAUCUCAAUGCAGUAAAAGUUGCAUUUCAAAACAACAUGGAAAAAUAUGAUCAAUUUUUACAAGUCCUGAGAGAUUUCAUUGCUAACAGAAUUUAUAUAAGUGAUGUCAAAGCAAAAUUCAAGACCUUGUUUCAAGGACAUAGAUAUUUAAUUUUUAAAUUCAACUCUUUCGUGCCGAUGAACCAUCGAAUCGCACUAUUUUCACCGGAGGAUACAUUAGGUUUUGUCCGGGCAGUGUUCCAAGGGACUCAAUAUAAGGGAGAAAGUAAACUUAAUGAAUUUUUAAAAGUUUUGAAGGAUUACAAGGAUCAAACUAUUGAUAUAAGUUCUUUCACUUCAAGAGUAAAGGUGGUUCUCAAAACUCAUCCCGAUUUAAUUUUGGAAUUCAACUCUAUCAUGCCGAAAGAACAUCAAAUCACACUUUCAUCCGAGGAAGAAUCUUUUCUCCGGGCACUAAAACUUAUGCUUCAAUAUAAGAGAGAAAGUAAUUUUCAGUAUUAUGGAAAAGUUUUGGAGAAUUUCAAGGGUCUAACUAUUGAUAUAAGUUGUCUCACUGCAAGAUUGGAGGUGCUUAUCAAAAAUCAUCCCGAAUUAAUUUUAGAAUUCAAAAUCUUCAUGCCAUCCGGGAAAAAAUUAAAAGAUGAUGGUCAUCUUGGUCAUUUUCUUCCUUGGGAUGUGCUUGAUAUCAUUUGCAAAAAACUAGAUUUUGAUGACCUCUUUUCGUUUUCUGGUGUUUGCAAGAGUUGGAGGACUUUUCAUAAAUCAAAUUUCUUGUCAUCCCAAGAACCGUUGCUUGUUCAUAUUACUGGUAAUUGUACUCACUCAUAUUCCUUUAUUAGCACACCCAAUCAAAAAGUUUAUGAUUUGACGAUGAUGAGUAGCUUCCAGCCCCCUGACUGUGUCUAUGUUAGAGUUUCCAGCGGAUAUUUCAUCUUGGCCCAUAAAAAUAAUUCAUUUCUGCUAUUAAAUCAAUUUACACUAGAAAAAAGGGUAAUCAAUGCCAACUUUACAGUUGAAUCUCAGUUUUCUGAUCGGUACGAAGCCUUGCUUGCUUUUGAGAAAUGUUCUGAGGAAUAUGUCUUGGUUGUUUUAUGCAAAGAUUCUAGCCAUUUGUAUGUCUAUCAAUCUCGAUACCAUGGUUGGUUUACUUAUUCAACAUUAAAACCUAAGGAAUUGGUAGUCGACUUUGUGGUUUUGAAUAAUAUAAUAUAUGUCGUCACUGACAAAGCCAACAUAGGGGUACUAAACUUGAAUUCCAAAAAUAUUCAAUUUCUAAACCUCAAGAAUACUCCCUCAAAAAUUCCCUCCAAACUUCCCUCAGAUUCCUUUAAAUUGGUUAAUUGUGAUGAGCAACUUUUUGUGUUUCAUUCAAUAUCCAUCAAUUAUAAGAGGGAAGUUUACAAGAUAGACUUGUCAACUAUGAAUUAUGUUAAGAUGAAAACUUUGGGUGACAUUGCAUUAUUUUAUGUUUCUGGGAGAAACUGUCGGGCAUUGAGCAACCCGAAGAGAUUUGGGUACGAGAGCAACCAUGUGUAUGAAGUUAGUAGUCUAUCUCAAUGUACUAAGUAUGAUUGGAAUGCUGGUCGUCCAUCAAAAAUAUGGAGUGCUGGUUGUACAUCAAAAAUAUACCCAUAUCUUCGUUCUCUUAAAGACUUCAAUCUCUUUGAUUGGUGUUUUAGACAUGUAAAAUACGAAGUAGAUUAUUCUUUAGUUGAAUAAUUGUUACAUGGUGUUACGAGUAUUUUUAUGUUUUUCUUCUUUUUCUUUUUGGCUUACCUUCAAUUGAAAAAACUUUAAUUUCUUAAUGAUAAGCAACUGUUUGUGUUCAGAUUAUAAUAAUAAUAUUUCUUUUGUUCUUAUUUAUUGUCCCAUUCAUGUUAAGCUGUAUUUUUUUCAAUUUGAAAUAACCAUCUAAUAAUGUUGGUAAAAUAUAUUAUUACUCUUUAUUUGAUUUGUUAUAUUUAAUUUUGUACUUCAAUAAACUUUAUUGUUAUUAUAUUUAAUUUUGUAUUUAAAUAAACCUUGUUAUAUUUAACUGUGUAUUUCAAUAAACCUUUUAUUCUAACCCUUCCUAAUUCACUCUCACUCUAAUGCCUUCAUAGUUCACUCCAUUGGAUGUUUAUAACACUUCUCAGCCAUUUAUUUCUAACAAGAAGAGAUAAUACAGUAUGCAGCAAAAAUCAAACUUCAAGAAUUGCCCUCGAAUUCAUUACUGAUAUGACAAGAAUAAAUAGACAACGUCUUAACCAUGCACUAGAGUGAGCAUCUAAAACUCGAGGAGAUCUUUGGGAGUUUUGAAGGAGAGUGGAGAGUUGGAAAGGAAUUGAGCAGAAUAUUGCUGCUGCCAGAAUCUCAUUACUGGCUCUCUUGAGAGUUCCAGCAGUAAGGUUAGAGGCGCCGUCCUCAUCGUGAAGAGGAGUGUCUCGGCUGAGCUCCGGUUCAGCAGCCCUUUUCUUUGAUGGUGGAAAGUUAUUAUUAGCAUCCUCCAUUGAAGUAAGAACCUCUAUUUCCCAAAGUUUCAGUACAACAAGAAUAACAUCAGAAAAUACAUUGUACAUUCAAGUUCAACGUAACAGUAAACUAAGCCAUAUGGAGGGGAUGAGAUUGUUCCCCAGCAACAAAUGUAUUUAAUUGAUGAUUGACAUUAAUCCAAGACCAUCCUGAUUCCUUUAUGACUCCCUUUGACUUCAUUAACUUUACAAUUCAUAUUACAUUUAAGCCAAAAUCAAGUAACAUGCUUAAUGCUGUCGAGAAAGUUAGGAGAAUUUAACUUGUCACCCCUCAUUUUAUAUAUGGCAUUCCCUCAAUUUUCAUUCUUCCCAAAAUACCCCAUUCACUAUUUACUCAAUUUUUUAAACUUUUGGUAAAAAAAUGUACCAUUACUCAAUACAUUCAAAAAAUGAAAUUUUCGGUAGUCUAAACAAAUUUCCGAUGGUGAUUUUUGUCGUAUACCGGAAAUCAUUCACAUUCUACAAAUUUCUGGUUGCGAUUAUCCAGAAAUUUUCAAAUUUCCGGGAAAA